UGUUAGUUCAAAAGGGGGAUUUCGAGUCGGUGGUUGUGCGAAUCGUGCUCAGCGCUAGUUAAUAUUUAACCUUACUGUGUCAACUGUUGCCGCAAGUCCGAAGGCCAGAUCGAGUUUGCAUCUAAGUUCUCAAAUAAACAUUGACUUAUAGCCAGAAUUUCGUGGACUGCGGAGUAUAGCUUUUGUGUCACAUGUACUGCAACAAGGCUGCUUGUAUCAGUAUCACAAAACACUGCAUGCUCUGAUGAAAAUGUUCACACGAAGGGUACGUAAAGUAAGUCUCCUUCUUGUCGGGGCACUCGAGUGUUUGUGUUUUGGAGGAUGGAUUUUUGGCUGGGCCUCCUUGGUUUUUGUGUUUAAACAGGAAAAGUACUUUGCAGAUAAAUGUCAGUCAUUGGGCAGCACAGGAGAGCCUCCCGUCGCGACCGUGACAGCCUCAUCAAGUUCUACAGUUACCCACGCCAACUACACUGAAGGGCCCUGCGCCGAACAAGACGCCGAGCUGCAGCUAGUAUUCACCGUAGCUAACUUCUCUGUGUCCGGGGCCGCACUGCCUCUGGGGCUGCUGUACGACAAAAUGGGAACUCUUUUCAUGAGGAUAACUAUAAGCAUUCUGAUGUUGACUGGUAGUCUGAUGUUUGCGCUGAGCUUCAUUAGUCCUAUACUGGUAUUCCCCGCGGCAAUCUGUGUAGCGGCUGGUGGUGUUCAGCUCCUCGUUGUUAACCUGCAGAUAUCCAAUCUCUUUGGACGAAAUAAAUGGAUAGUUAUGACUUUAUUUUGUGGAUGCUUUGACUCCUCAGCAUGGGUGUUUCUGGUUGUUAAGGUUCUUUACGAAAACCUCAACAUUCGUGUUCAAACGUCAUUUUUUAUCCUGACGGGUACGACGCUUUUCUUCACACUGAACACGCUCUUGCUACCGAAGAAGGCGAGUAUCCCCUGGCCGCUGCCACCAGAUUACUUUGACAAUCAUGUAUCCGGCAAAACUUUGAAUAUUCAUGUCGAUGAACCGCUACACGUGUACACCAAUACCACUACGGAUAAUGAGGGCGAGUACUACCCUAAAAGUGAGGACACGGAACGGGCGGAAAAAACGGGCCAGAUACAAGUCGAGAAACAUGAAAACAAUGACCUAGAACACUGCAGUGGCGAAUGUGACGAUGGAUCCCCGACAAGAGUCGAGGUUGAAACACACGACAACUCAAGCAUCACAUUACCCAGCAACACACAGAUCAAUUCCGUCUCCACAGACUUUCCGUCGUUGAGGUCGUGCAUCCUGUCGCCACUCUUCGCCUUUUUCUACUUCUGGUUUUCCAUUCUUCAACUAGACGUUUUGUUUUUUGUCAGUACGCUCAACCCGGUGCUGAAUAAACUUGCUAAUAAUAAUGAACAAAUCGUGAGUGCAUACACCAACGCGCUUGCCUUCAUCCAGCUAGGAGGCAUCCUAUGCGCACCAUUCAGUGGGUUGAUACUCAGCAGAAACAAGCGGAGAAAUCGGUGCAAGAACAGACAGAUGGAGGAAGAGAGACUCCGAGAGCGUGGUCCCUAUAGUGAUCUGAGAGACGCCGCCAUUGCCUAUGCAACCUGCACGUCCAUUUGUCUUGUCUUUUGCAUCUGUGGCGUUUUGCCAGUACUCGAAAUCCAGUACGCCACCUUCGUCCUGUCCGUCAUCAGCAGGUCGUUUGUAUACAGCUUGACAGCUUCCGGAACUUCACUUUUUUUCCCCAUGAAGUAUUUCGGCACAUUAUAUGGCUUGUUGAUCUUGUUAUCAGCAGUUUUCAGCCUCCUGCAGUACCCACUCUUCAUUAUCACACAGAGGCUUCUGAAUGACGAUGACUUCUGGGUUAAGAUCGGGUUGCUGGCUGCCAGUCUUCUGACCUACUCUCUUUCUAUCUACCUAUUCUUCUAUGCAAGAAAGAAAGAGAAAUUACGGAAACGUGGAGAACAAACUACUUUCUAAAACCUAACCGGGCAGAAUAUUCUACAUGAAAAAAUGUAUUUAGUUUCGGUUCUUUUGGAAGUAAUACAUGACACUUCUUGCACGCCAACGCAGUGGGCACGCGGAUUGCUGUGGCUUCGUGUAAAAAUCUUGAUCAUAACUUUUGCUUGUACAAGCAAACACACGUAGGUUCUGAAUACAAAAAAUAUGUCUGACUAGCACCGCAGUUUUUGGGACAAAUUGUUGUUAAAGUACUUUUUAAGGUCUUAGCGUAGGCAUAUUUUACAGAAGUCACUGGGUAGGUGCUGCAGCCCUACCAUGGGCGUUGUGAAACUUACUCCUGACACAACCCAAAUUUCAACGUCGUUUAUUAAAUGAUGUUUUUAUGAAGCACGUUUCUGGCCACAUUGCUGGUAUUCGUUUGUUCAAAAAUGAUAAAGUGCAGGUAAACCAAGUCUUAAAUGUUUUCAAGGUGGGUCCUACAUAGGCUUUAUUGCCUUUGAAAGUUGGUAACAUUGUUGGGAUCGAUAACCAGCCUACGUAGGUAAUUGUCACUCAGGCAGUUGGGGACGAGCGAAGUUGUUUUGUUUUAAUGGCGCUUUCAGCAUCUCUGGCUAUUUGCACCAAUAACUGUACGUUUAUUCAUA